GCACAGAGCGAAGUCAAGUCAGCGUAUUUACGAUCUUUUUUCUUAAUUGAACAUGGGAUAUAAAUACAAGCGUGGGAGCUGGACGAUCAACGAAGAAGGGCCGACUCGUGGAGGAAAAAUGACAAGUCAAAAUCAAGUGCGGCGGGCGGUACCAUCGUUUGAUGUGCAAACUGGCUGUCCCACGCGUUCGCUUUGUCGUUGGGGAGGCAUAGCACGGUGGUGGCCUCAGGAUGCAUCGGGUGGGGGGCCGCGAGAUCCCAGUCGUCGCCGUCAAUGUCCAAGGGAAAAACAUCCCAGACAUCGCCUUGCUUGCCCAUGAGUUCAAUCUUAGGCUCGUCGAACGUAAACAUGUCGCCGGGGUUGACCGGGUUGUUCUGGUGUUGAUUUUCACGAUUCGCAGUGGCUGCUUCUUUCGCGUCGGCAACAGCGACGGAUCGAGGCGACUUGCGAAGGACGUGGGGGAGGAGUUCGGGGUGGUGGCGCAUGAAGUUCGGAUGGGAGAACGUGCACGUGUGGGACUGGGUCUUGGUCCACUUGCGAAAACCAAAGUUGUUGAGCUGCCGCUGAAAGCUCGAUGCUUUUUCAUGGUUAAAGUACUUGCGCAAGAUCUCGGUUUCAAGGCGGCGCUCGGACAGGAUCUGGAUCGCCGUGCCGUCUGGCGUCCACCCGAUCACGGUCGGGUCCUCCGACUCGAGGAUGCUGAAGAGCGAUCGAAGGAAUUUGGGAAUCCCUGUCAUGCGCUUUCGUUUGUGAUCGUCGACAGAGUUGAUCGCCAUCGUGCACGAGAGGAACGGCGUGCGAUUUGAACGGGAG